AUGAUCGCACUGGCGUCUUCCGGUAGAGCCUGCAGUGCAGCCUGCAGUAGCCUACACGCCGUUGUUAGGGACGGCUUCUUGGCCUCUGUCUCGGCUCCGAAAUCCUCUGGCCUCCGAUACCCCCUCGUCUCCUCCCUCGCCUCAACAUCUCGUUCCCCGCGAUUCUCUCGCCGUGCCUUUCAUUCCACGUCGCCGUUAGACUCGGCGACUCCGCGAAUCUCAUAUCGCGUCGCCGCGUCCUCUUCCGGCAAAGGCCGCCGGUUCCAUCCGGCCAAAAACACCUAUAACUUCACCCCCGACCUCCACGAAGCCAUUGGCGUCGCAACAGACACAGAGAACAAGGCGCUCCGGCGAAAGAGGAGGCCUGAUAGUGGUGAAGAUGCGUUCUUCGUGAGCAGAGUCGGCCGAAAGGACUCUGGCGCAGUAGCCUUUGGAGUCGCCGAUGGCGUGGGCGGCUGGGCUGAGUCGCGCGUCGAUCCAGCAGACUUCUCGCAUGCGCUAUGUGGCUAUAUGGCUCAGUCGGCCAUAUCCUGGGAGUCGCCCGUCGAAGAAUUACGGCCAAAGAACCUUCUCCAGACCGGAUACGACCAGGUCGUAGCAGAUGAGACGAUCCGAGCUGGAGGCAGCACCGCGUCAGUCGGCGUGGGAUAUCCAGACGGACGAAUUGAGCUGGCCAACCUGGGUGACUCGGGCUCAGUUCUUCUUCGCCUUGCAGCCGUCCACCAUUACACCGUCCCGCAAACCCACGGCUUCAAUACCCCGUACCAACUCAGCAUCAUUCCGCCGCGCAUGCGCGCUCAGGCGUCCAUCUUUGGCGGCGCCUUUCUUGAGGACUUUCCGCGCGACGCGGCCGUCACCAACCUCCACAUGCAACAUGGAGAUGUCCUCAUCCUAGCUACUGACGGUGUAUUCGACAACCUCAACAAUCAAGACAUGCUCAAGCUUGUCACGAGUCGCAUGGUUCUCACGGGCGCCUGGACCGCCGAUCCCGACGCGGGCAUCCGUCCCUCGGAGGAUCUCAAACAACUAACCAGCCCAGAGGGUCUGUCUUCUCUUCUUCCUACGCCAUCCUCCUCACCAUCCUCCGACCCCGACUCUCCGAAAUCAUCCUCCCCAAGCACGCGCCAGCAGACCUACACCCUUCAGUCCCUCAUCGCCGCCACGAUCGCCGGCGAGGCCAAACUGGCCAGCAUGGACAUGCGUCGUGACGGACCCUUCGCCAAGGAAGCCCAGCGCUAUUACCCCGGUGACUGGUAUCGCGGCGGGAAAGUCGACGAUAUCAGUGUGGUGGCAGUAGUUGCCGUGGACGAGGGAUACUCAGGAUGA